AUGGCCAUAGACGGGGUUGAAGUCGAGGAGGACAGCAAGGGGGUGGCGGCGACGAUCGAGGGGGGGUGGGGGGAGCAGAAAGACGACGGCAACGUGUCCUACACGAGGAUGCUCAAGUUUAUUUUGCCGACGCUGGGCAUCUGGUUGGCGUCUCCGAUAAUGAGCCUCGUGGACGCUGGGGUGGUUGGGACGAGGAGCGCGACGGAGCUGGCAUCACUUGGCCCAGCGACCGUGCUCUGCGAAAGUUUGAUCUACUGCAGCACGUUUCUGGCAAUCGCAGUAACCAAUUUGCAAGCCACAGCGUUGGCCGAUGGGAAGCGGGCAGAAGCCCAGAAGGUGGUAGCCCAGGCAUUGGGGUUGGCUCUCUCGAUAGGGUUGAUGGUCGCGGUGGGAGUUCAGGCGUUUGGACCGAGAGUUCUGGCGCAAUUGGCCGGAGAGAAGAGCAAGGAGGUGGUACCGGCGGCGCUCGUCUACUCGAGAAUGCGGAUACUAGGCGCUCCCGCUUCCAUCGCCGCGAUGGUGCUGCAGGCGGCUUGCCUCGGAGCUCGCGAUUCGGUUACGCCGUUGGGGGUCGUUUUGAUAGCUAGCGCGGUGAACGGGCUGGGGGAUUGGGUCACCGUCUGCAGGAUGGGCAUGGGUGUGUUCGGGGCGGCGGCGGCCACCGCGUCUGCGGAAACCGUGAGCAUGGUGCUCCUGGGCUUGGCCGUGUGGAGGGCGCAGGGAGAGCGCGUGUACAAGUUCGUGGAGCUACCCUCCGCGGAAGAGCUGAAGGUCUUCCUCGACUUCGCGGGGCCCAUCGCGUUCGCCUUGCUGGGAAAGGUGCUCUGCUACUCCGUCAUGACUCUCACGGUCACCGCGAUAGGGCCAUUACCGCUGGCGACUCACAAUGUGAUGCUGAGAGUGUUCUUCUUCUUCGCCACGUUCGGAGAGGCCUUGUCGCAGACGGCCCAAGCCUUCAUCCCCGGGCAGCUCGCCAGAGAGCGGAGCAUCAAGUCGGCCAAGAAAGCCGCCCGGGCUGCUGCGGCUGCGGUGGCCGGGGACACAGCCGCUGCCGAGGACAGUAGCGCCGACCCGCGGCUCAGUCCCGCCCGAACAAUGAUGAGGAAGGUGCUCAUUCUUGGUGUCGGAGUCGGCAGCCUCAACGCCUGUGUGGCGGGGCUUGUCCCUCUCCACCUGCCCCACCUCUUCACCAACUCCUUGGAGGUGGCAGCCGGGAUGCGGAGCCUCACGCCGCUGCUGUCGUGGAGCCUCCUCACCCACGCCUGCGUGAUGGGCCUGGAGGGGAUACUGCUCGCCCAACGGCGGCUUGGUUUCCUUGCGGGAGUUGCGGAGUUCGGGAUGCAUCUGCUGUGGCUCAACCGGCGAAGUCGCGUCGCCGAAACGAAGGCUGCAGCCGCUGCUUAGGCGUGUCCUGCUCACCCGAAUCAAUCAUGCGCGCCACGCCGUGAUGGUGCGCUUGCUGGAGCGAACAAUUCGAACGUGCCGCUUUUUUACGGUCGUUGACGAGAGCACCGCUCGCACCGAGUGAAUGUUGUCUGGUAUAAUAAUACCGCUUUUUUUGUCGAUGAAGUCGAUGUUUUCUUGUCCAAUCGCAUUGUUGCUGGUUUUGUUGAUGAAUCGAUCCUCGUGGUGUAGAUUUAUUUGAUAUGUCGUGUUUUUUAUGGGGAGACCUUCCUUGUUGGCAAGACCAAUCCGACAAUUCGCAAGCUUUUUUGAGGCGGCAGUUGAUCGCAGUUUUUCCGCCAAUCGCGGGUACCCUGGCAUCGCCUGAGGGAUGGAGGGCAUUAGGUCACCUAGAGCACACUCACUCCUGCAACGCCACAUUUAGAGCAUUCCUGCUACCUACUACCCCAUGACUCAGGGUGGGGUCGGUGCGGUAGGGAGGAGGGCU